AUUGUUGUAGAAAAGCUCACCAAAAACGUUACCGAAUCACAUUUACACGAAAUUUUCGGGGGGUUCGGCGAGAUACAUACUCUCGAUUUGCCCAUGAACAAAGCUUGUAAUUCGACGAGCUCCCGCGGGUCAUAAUCUAUGGAUGCUAACUAGUCGCAGUCAUGACCAAUAGAGGCACUGCCUACAUCCUUUACCACGACCCCGCUGAUGCAGAGGCCGCCAUCGCACACAUGCACGAAGCGCAGCUCGACGGUGCUGUUAUAAGUGUGUCCAUUGUCUUGCCUAGGCAGGCGUUCUCGCGCUCGCCGCCGCCACAAAAUCAAGGCAACAGAGGAAGCUUCGGCCGUCAGAGCCAGGGCCUUGGCCGUUCACCCUUAGAAAGUCGUGCUUCCCGCCGUUCGCCGUUCCUGCAAAGGUCAACGCCGCCACGAAGAGCCCGGCGCUCGCGGCCUAUGGAUAGGCAUGAUAUCUACCGGCCACGCUCUCCUUCGCGCUCUCGAUCACCGCGCCGCUCCCGAUCAUGUUCCUCAAGAACUCCCUCGGCAUCACCGAGAGGACGGAUGCCACACCCACGAGUGGACACUCCUCGCCGUCGACGUCGCAGUCCCAGCUACAGCAGUUAUGAGUACAGCAGUUGCAGUGAGAGAAGUCGGAGCCCGAGUCAGACCAAAGGCCGUUAUCGGCAUGAUCCCACACGGUAGACUCCAAAUCAACUUGCCGUCGUCGUUGGAACAAUCUACACACCACUUGCACUCAUUACUAGAUUGUGGAUGGUCACCAAGCCGAAAUGUCAUCAACAUACCAAGUGAAGUUUUCAGGCAAAAUAAGCAGAAGGGCCAGUCCUACCAGUAAUAGCUAAACAAAAUAGGACAUUAUUUCCCAGUCCAACGGCCCGUAGCCCUGUGCAUUCAAGUAUCUACCGAGAGAGCUAUCGAGGUACUUAUAAUAUGACAAAUAUGUGUGCGGGUCUGUCCAGUCUAGAUAAAGGAGCACCAGCCAAUAUACAUAGCUGCCAGGUUUCGCUUAUCGGUUGCCUGUAUGAUUAAUUCGUCGACGUGGCCAUCGACGGAAAGUGGGACAGAUUCCCCCGGUAGGAGACCUCGGAGUUUGUUGCGAACAUUUUCUAGUACCCCGGCGGGUGUAUCAGGCACACUUGCAUGUGUGC